CCGUGAGACGAGACGAAAGAAAAAAAGAGUCGCGGCGGCGGCGGAGUCGGAGCUCCACUCAUCAUCAAUGCCUAGGGUUUGAUCCUCCCUCCCUCACUCCGCGCUCCGCUCGUGCUAGCCAGCCAGCCCCCCCACCCACAACCCGCCACGGCGAUGGCUUCGCCGCACCCGCUCAGCUGGGCCGACGCGCCGCCCUUUUACUACCACGGGACGACACCCCAGCCGGCACCCGACUCCUCCUCCGACGGGGCCGGGCCGCGCUCGCUCUGGAUCGGCGGCCUGCUGCACUGGAUGGACGAGGACUACCUCUACGCCUGCUUCACCACCUCGCCCGAGCUUCUUUCCGUUGUCAUCAGACGGAGCAAGCAGACUGGGCAAUCAGAGGGUUUUGGCUUUCUCAAUUUUGCUGACCAUACCACCGCUGCUCAGAUUCUCAAGUCUUACAAUGGUCACAAGAUGCCUAACUCUGUUCAAGAUUUCAAGCUCAACUGGGCCACUCAACAACCUGCUCCCGACAAACUUCCUGAUCCACAUUUCAAGCUCGACCCGGCCAUGCAGCAGGAUGUGCCUCAGAGGCACGACGACGAUAAUUCCUCAUCUGAGCAUUUCAUAUUUGUUGGGGACUUGGCCUAUGAUGUCACAGAAUACAUGCUACACCAUCUGUUCAAGACCCGCUACGCAUCAGUGAAGAGGGCGAAAAUUAUCGUUGACAGGUUCACUGGUCGCUCGAAAGGCUAUGGCUUUGUUCAGUUUGGAGAUGUCAAUGAGCAGACACAAGCACUGACAGAAAUGAAUGGAGCCUACUGUUCUACCAGGCCUAUGCGGAUUGGACCUGUUCCCAACAAGAAAAAAUUUUCCCACAACAAACAAGGGACUGAGCCUUAUCAUGAUAACAAUUCAAGGCUAUUUGUUAGGCAACUUGACCAAAGUGUCACUUAUGAAGAUAUGAUACAAGCCUUUCGUCCAUAUGGAGAGCUUAUUGAUGUCAAUAUAUUAGCAGGGAAGGGCUUUGGGUUUGUCACAUACUCUAAUAGGCCAUCAGCAGAGGAAGCCAUUAGAAUGCUAAAUGGAAGUCAACUGGGAGGUAAAGCUAUAAAACUUUCAUGGGGCCGUUCUGCUGACAAGCAGGCUCAAAGGAAUAGCGGCGGCUUCGGUUGGUCUCCUCAGGAUCCCUAUGCUUAUGCUCAGACCGGCCAUCCGGGAUAUGGAUAUUACCAACAGCAGCUGCCCGCAGUGCAGUGAGAUCAUGUGAAGAAAGAUGUCAGUCACACGGAACAGGAUGUAGAUGAAUUUUUGGUCGAUGAAAACUGUCACUUUUUUUUUUUCCUUUUUGGAAAUAGCUUCCACCUUUGGUUGCGGCCGCACGACGGAGGCGCCCUUUGAUGCCUGGGACGACAGUGUUUGUUAUUAGAGACAUCGAGAAUUUAGCCGCUUAAAUGAACCUGUUGAAACAGAGGUUUUGGUUUGCCUGAGUUUUGCUGUGCCAUGGAUAUUACUGUCAUGACUUGGGUUCAGACUUCAGAGCGAGUAGUAACUUGUAACACCUGAAUGAAA